AGGAAGGGAAGACAUGGACCUAGAAGAAGAUCUGAUGAGUUCUGUCCUCGAAGAUGCUGCCACGGAGGUCAACCCCAGCGUCAACAACACUAAAAAGACGAUGCAGCUCCUCCAAUUUGCCGAACGCAUCAGCCACGACAUCCAGAGGUAUUUCGGCAAGAAGAACAAAGAGCAGGAAGGUGAGGAAGGGGUGGAGGGAAGCAGCUGCAACACUUACGAGGACUUCUGCUCCCUACCACUGUCAGGACGAGUGAUGUCCUACACAGAUCUGACCAGGAUUUCUCAGCCCGAGGAGACUGAUGAUGAUGAAGAAGAAGACUUUUCUGACCCCCACAAGACUUUUGAGCAGCUCUGGAGAUCCCUGAAUGAGAAAGACAAAAAGUUGGGGCCCCUGGCUGAACUUUUUGAGUACGGUCUUUGUAAGUGUCUUCAGCGACAUCUCUCUCCUGAUAAUAAGAAACUGAUGAGGCUGGAGAAAAAAUUUGGAUAUGUCACCCCCAUGCAGAGUAGAAAGCUACCUCAGUCCUUCUGGAGGGAGCCAACGCUCAGCCCCAUAGGUACCCCAAGUGGCAAUCCUCCAGACUUUAGUGAUCUACUGGCGAAUUGGACUUCUGAAUCUGGUCAGGAGGAUCUGAAUGCCAGCCGAGAGCAGCUUGGUGAGGUCACCAGUGACGGACACUGAGAAGUGGAGUGGGGUUUAAAGAGAGGUGGGAAACCUUAUUUUCCCAUUGGCAGCCUUCUUUUCUCUCAUUGGUUCAAUGUGCACAUUGCUAAAUGCAUAUUCAGAGAAAUGUCGCCCUCCACCAGUACAGA